AUGAUUCUCGACCCGCUUGAAGCAUCACUGGGGCUUCACUUGGUUUAUGAUACUGUCGAGCGGGCGACCGAGAUCCGAAUUCCAAAUCUGCGACUGGAAUUUCUUAUCAAAUCCGGAGAUUACUUGGUCAAAUCCGAACAGUUCCGCGACAUGCACAUCAAUUCGGAUCAAUCUACAGAGACACUAGUGGGAUUCAAAAGCAAACUAGUGUUAACCAGCAGCAGGGAACCAGCUAGCAGAACAGUCCUUAUUCCUGAAGGCGAUGUUCGAUAUGAGAUGAAGACAUUCGACCAUCUCAAUAAGCACACCACGGUAACGUUAGUACAGGCUUACAAGCUCGACGAUCUCCUCGGUCGACUUGUCGGUAGCACCAGAACUGAGAGCAGACUUUACCUGGCAUACCUCCACGGACUUAUAUCAUUCUGCCUUCCGGACCCCUUCAUUGGACGAACAGGAAUCGAAGAAGCUCUGGAUAUCUUAAGAUCUGCGGUAGUCCGCAUACCAAGCAUCUUGACUGAAAUUUCCUACACUAUCCUGGAAAGAAUUGUCAGCCUAUCACUAACUCGUUCCUUCUACCCAAAGAAAGAGAAACUGAUGCAGGUCAUCGAGUGGUCUUCUAGACUGAGUUACAUGUCCCAGAACGAUCGCUUCUACAAAGCCGUGCUCGACAUACUCGCGAGAUGUCGAGAAAUCUGUUUCCUUUAUCCCAAGCACGAAGUACCGGACUCUUCGGAUCACUCCAUCCUUCAUCUAGUGGAACGAGCAAUCACUAGGGCUCCUAUUUGA